GUGAAAACCUGACAAUGUUGAUUUGCAUAGCCAGCUCUCAAGUUGAUUCCACACGCGGGCGCGUUCGAAGCGCCGUCCGUCGCGUCGAUCGUUUCCUUUGGCCAUGCCGUCGGUUGCAUGUUCUCAUCCCACACCACACAAGAUCAGAUCGAGUGAAUUCAAGGAUCCAAUGUUUAUUUGGCAGUCUCUUGGCCCUGCCCCUCCUGAUGGUCUCCGGAAUCGUCGUGGUCCGGUGGCAUGACAUCGUGUUUUUCCAGGCGCGGUGGCAUGCCCAGGUCAUCCCACGACGACAGUGUGCGGCGGAGUUCUCGGAGGUCGUACGACUUUUUCUUGAACCUGGCUUCGUGUCGUGCUUGGAUUGUUAACGUGGCGAAGCAAACGACCCACGCCGCGGCGUACAGACCGGCCCCAAUCCAGCAAUUCAAAGCGAGCUUCUGCUUUGGCACGGCGUGCGUCAGCCCACGAAUGUAUUCUGGCUGGAGGUGAAGCAAUCCCCCGAGCGCUGACAGAAACAGGACGCCUGCGAUCGACACGUAUGCGCAGCACUGGAUGUUCUGGCGAUUCGCCAUUCCGUCCGCUUGCCAGAAUUUGAGAUCUGAAAAGCCGGUUCGAGAAACCGCUACUGAGGACAAGAUACAAUUUGAAAGGUCACGGCGGCACCAAGGCAGCGGAUGCGUUGACGCCGUUCGGGAACAGGAACACUUCAACGCGCACACCAAUCGCUUGCACGACGGAUUGGAUGGCUGGACGUCCAUCGGCACGAUGAAGCCCACCGUGGACGUUAUCUGCUUGCUACCGGCGAGUGAUUGGCCCAACCUAGGCACAACAUCGAACCAAUUCCCAUGCCAUUUUGUAUGCUUUGCGCGCAUGACCCCAGGUGAUGCAGAUGUCGUAAAAGACGCUUGUUGCAGUGAACCUUGUCCUCGAACUCUUCGCAGACGUGUCGACGAAUGAAAACCGGCUGUGGACACGUUCAAGAGGCUUGUAGGGUGACCGAGCGUGAUGUGGUGAUAAGCGCCACUGGCAUUGCCACGACAAACGGAGGCUCCCACGUCGACGCAACAAGUGGAAGAAGCGUUGGUUUGUUG